AUGAAUACCGACAAGCCAAACUUUCUGUCGCAGCCCGUAGUAAAGAAUGUCUUCAUGUACCGUAACGGAGACCCCUAUUAUGAAGCGCGGAGGAUCGUGAUCAACCAGAAGAGGGUUUGUAACUUUGAUACUCUGCUGAGAGAGGUAAGCAGUGGGAUCCAGGCGCCGUUCGGAGCCGUGAGGAACAUCUAUACGCCCCGGGGAGGACACAAGGUGGAGCGCCUGGAGAACCUGCAGAGCGGACAGCAGUAUGUGGCUGCGGGCAGAGAGAGGUUCAAGAAGCUCGAUGUUGUAGCAAACGGAGAUGUGCUGAAUCCAGCCGUGAGGUUACUAAUUCACCAGAGGAUAUUGGGGCAGUUUGAUAAGAUCCUGGAGUUGGUUACGGACAAGAUGGGCCUGAAAGUCCUGGGGGGAGUGCGAAGUCUGUUCACAUAUGAGGGCCAAAUAGUGACUGAUGGGAACCAGCUGGAGAGUGGUCAGCUCUAUGUGGCGGUGGGGAGGGACAAGUUCAAGAAACUACCCUACAUCGACCUACUUUUUUCCAAACCUCGAGGGAUGACAAGUGACAGUGGCGACAGUCCUCCAGCGCUGAACGGGAACAGUAAAGAGCACUUGUCCGCCAUCGUCAGGGAGAUUUCGCAGUCUCGGCUCAUUUCACUGAGGAAGAAGAGGAGCGGACAGAACAUGGCCCUGGAUGACGUCACCCUGCGGAGAAUGAUAGAUGUGGCCUGUUUUCUCUUCUGCUGGGAGACCUGA